AUGGCGCCGCGAACUAGACGUUCGAAGGCUGCGGGAGACAGUUCUGCAAUAGAUGGCGCUGGCGGCACUCCUGUCUCGCAGCCUGCUCUUCCUCAACGACGUGGAAGGUCCUCCAAGAUCACCGCUAUUGAUGGCAACUCAACCUCUUCCGCACCAACUCCAGCUACAACUGUUUCGGACAGCGAGUAUUCAACCCCUGCAACCAGCAAUGCUGUAACUCCCGCGCCUUCUAUCACGAAAAAACCUACUCAGUCGGGAAGUAGGAGUCAGUCGCGUUUCGUCGUUGAGCUCCCCAAGCUCCCCAAGCUCCCUAAGCUCCCUAAAGACUCGACUGCGACAGGCGCCAAGUCUAGCGGCCUUGGCUCUUCGACUUCAUCUAGAGUCACUACACGCCGCCGGCCUGCCCCCAUUGCCUACACUGAGGAGGAUUCGGAAGACGAUAUGGAUAUGAUGGAGGCACCUCGUGAAGAUCCUACCCCGGCUAGGAGUACUAUGGUUCUUAGUCGCAAGAGACCUAAUGUUGCGAUGUCUCUUGAUUCUGGUGCUGAAAGCGAUUUUACUUCUACAUCAAUUCCAGCUUUCAAGAAGCCAAAACUUACCGACCCUGAAAGUGAUAAUGAGCCCCACCAAGAGAUUGAUGAUGAGGAGGCCAUUGACGACAUGUUCGACAUCUCCGAUGCAGAUCCUCUUGAUGAAGAUAGUUUAGACUCAGACUCAGAUAGCCCCAUCGCUAAUUCGCAUACAAAUUCACAUUCACAUACAAAUACGCUUUCCAGCCAGCCCCGAAGCUUUCGUCGCAUUCGUCACGUUCGUCAUCCCCUAAAUAGAAAGGAGGCAAUGAGGAAGAGGUUGACGAAGCACCAUCCAGAGCUCACUACAAUGUGGGUUGACCUUGAAAAUAUGCCCGUUCUCAAGGCCGACAAGGCUGAGCAACCUACCACCAUCUCGCGCCAGCUAAAACAAUUCCAACUCGAAGGACUUGCCUGGAUGAAGGCUAUGGAAGUAACAAAGUGGAAGGGUGGUCUACUUGGAGAUGAGAUGGGUCUUGGUAAAACGAUCCAGGCAGUGUCUUUGAUCAUGUCUGACUACCCAGCCAAGACGCCGUCACUGGUGCUCAUGCCACCUGUUGCCUUGAUGCAAUGGACAUCAGAAAUCGAGUCCUACACAAAUGGGAAGCUAAAGACCCUAGUAUUCCAUGGUACUAAUGCCAAGGCCAAGAAUUUGACAACUAGAGAGCUCAAGAAAUUUGACGUUAUCUUGAUGUCUUACAAUACCCUAGAGUCGCUAUACCGCAAACAGGAGAAGGGUUUCAAGAGGAAAGAGGGAACGUAUAAGGAGAAGAGCGCUAUCCACCAGAUCAAGUUCCACCGUGUGAUCCUUGAUGAGGCUCAUUGUAUCAAGUCUAGAAACACCAUGACUGCGAAGGCAUGUUUUGCCCUCAAAGUCGAAUACCGCUGGUGCUUAACCGGAACCCCCUUGCAGAACCGAAUUGGAGAGUUCUUUUCACUGCUUCGAUUCCUCAAAGUUACACCAUUCGCGGAAUAUUUCUGCAGAGAGUGUCCUUGUUCCAAUCUUGAAUGGUGUGCAGAUGAAUCGAAGAACUGCUCACAUUGUGGUCACUACAUGAUGUCACAUAUCUCAGUCUUCAAUCAAGAACUUCUACACCCUAUUACUCGCAAUGGUAACCGUGGCGAAGGCAAGGAGGCCCUUGGCAAACUCCGUCUCCUUACGGACCGAAUCAUGUUGCGCCGUCUCAAGCGAGAUCAUACAAAUGCCAUGGAACUCCCUGUCAAGGAGAUCUACGUUGAUCGCCAAUUCUUGAGCGAAGAAGAGAACGACUUCGCUAACAGUAUUACGGAUAACAGUCAGCGCAAGUUUAAUACCUACGUAGCCCAAGGCGUCAUGCUCAACAACUAUGCCAAUAUCUUUGGUUUGAUCAUGCAGAUGCGCCAGGUCGCUAACCACCCCGAUCUGAUCCUGAAGAAGAAUGCGGAAGGAGGACAAAACGUGAUGGUCUGCUGCAUCUGCGACGAACCUGCUGAGGAGGCGAUUCGAUCCAAGUGCAAGCAUGACUUCUGCCGCUCGUGUGCGCAGCAUUACGUUAAUUCUCAGAAAGCACCGGACUGUCCCCGCUGCCACAUAUCUCUAUCUAUCGAUCUCGAGCAGCCCGAGAUUGAACAGGACGCGAUGCUCGUCAAGAAAUCUUCCAUCAUCAAUCGCAUUAAGAUGGAGAACUGGACAUCGUCGUCCAAGAUCGAGCUACUUGUUCACGAACUCCACAGGCUGCGAUCGGACAGUGCCUCGCACAAGUCGAUCAUCUUCUCGCAGUUCACUACGAUGCUCCAGCUGAUUGAAUGGCGUCUUCGACGAGCCGGCAUCACGACGGUCAUGCUUGAUGGAAGUAUGACACCAGCUCAACGACAGGCUUCGAUUGACCAUUUCAUGAAAAAUGUCGAUGUAGAGUGUUUCCUUGUGUCGUUGAAGGCGGGUGGCGUUGCUCUGAACCUUACAGAGGCGUCGCGAGUUUUCAUUGUUGAUCCGUGGUGGAACCCAGCAGCAGAGUGGCAGUCGGCCGACCGAUGCCAUCGUAUCGGACAGACGCGCCCAUGUAUCAUUAAACGUCUCUGCAUUGAGGAUUCUGUGGAGAGCCGCAUAGUUUCGCUACAGGAGAAGAAGACUAGCAUGAUCAAUUCAACUGUCAACUCGGAUGAAGCAUCCCUAGAGGCUCUCACACAUGAAGACCUUCAGUUUCUCUUCAAAGGAUCUUAG